CGUUUGGAAAAAAUGUCGUGUUUAACCUUCAAGUAAAUAACUUAUAAGGCACUGAAUGCGGCGAACGAUAUAUCACAAUACGUAGUGUAUUUAAGCGACUAUUAACUAUAAAAUUUUAAGAAACUACAUCCAUUGUAAUUCUAUUAAGUGUAAAUCAGGGAAUAAAAAGAUGUGUACAAUCUACUCUAUACUGAUCCUUGCCGCCGUAAGUCUCCCAGCUCUCGUUACGGCCGAAGGCAUUUCAGUCGAGCGGCAAGAUGAAGCUGUGACACUACCUGUGCCCACUACACCGAAGCCACUAUGCGAGGAAAAGAUAUGCCCACGCUUGUACUGGCCAGUAUGUUCGCUAGUGGAUGGACAGCAAAUGACAGCGUCCUCACCUUGUGUGCUCAACAAUAAGAUCAGAUGUUCGAAGUUGUUGCGACAGUCGAUGGGAAGAAAAGUUCCAACAAUUCGUUUCUUACACGCUGGUCCCUGCUCAGCCCAGAGAGAUCGCAGCAACGUGGUGCGCAUGAGGGAUGCUGCCGACGUUGUAGGCAACGAGAAAUCAUCGAAAGAAGCCAGCUUCGAAGAAAUCAUUGAUGAGAUGAUCGAUGAAAUUUUAUAUGGCGAUAGCGGCGAAAGUGACGAAUAUGACGAAGAAAUUGGAAGUGACGAAUAUGACGAUGAUAUUGGAAGUGACGAAGAUGACGAAGAUAUUGGAAGUGACGAAGAUGACGAAGAUAUUGGAAGUGACGAAUAUGGAAUUCUUAGCGGGGAAAACUUUGAAAGUGAUGAGGAUAGCGAUGAGAUCAUUGAUAGAAUUCUUAGCGGAGAAAGCACUGAAAGUGACGAGGACAGGGACGAAAUCAUUGAUGGAAUUCUUGAAAGUGUUGAAAAUAGUGGUGCCGCUACUGGCGAGGAAAUAGAUAAUGACUAUGAUGAAGCUGAACCCGUUGAAGAUAAGGGUGAAAUAUUACAUCGGCGAAGGCAGGCAAAGAUUGAUAAAAGCUGGCUUUGAAUCCAAAGUGAGCUGACAUAG